AUGAUAAUCCUUGUUCUCUAUGUUGAUGACUUACUCAUUACAGGAGAAGACAAUCUAAUAGAUAAAUGUAAAAAGGACCUAGUAGCUGAAUUUGAUAUGAAGGAUAUGGGCCUACUACACUACUUUCUAGGUCUUGAAAUUAUUCAAAACAAAGAUCAUAUUCUCCUCAGUCAAAAGAAAUAUAUUUUUGAUAUUCUGAACAGAUUUGGUAUGGUAGAUUGUAAACCUCUUGCUACUCCUAUGGAGACAAAUCUUCAGAAAUUAAAGGAUGAAGCAGAAAACUCAGAACUUGCAGAUGUGACACUCUUUAGACAGAUAAUUGGAUCCCUCAUGUAUCUGGUGAAUACACGUCCUGACAUUUGCUAUGCCACAAAUGUACUAAGUCACUUCAUGUGUGAACCAAAACAGAUUCAUCUAGUGGCAGCUAAACACAUCUUGAGAUAUUUAAAAGGAACAAGUGAUCUUGGACUAAAAUAUGACAAGACUGAAAUUCAACUUCAAGGUUAUUCAGACUCAGAUUGGGCAGGAAGUACCACUGAUCGGAAGAGUACCACAGGAGUUUGUUUCAGUUUGGGUUCCGCAGUAAUAUCUUGGUUUAGUCGGAAGCAAUCAGCUGUAGCUCAGAGUUCGACAGAGGCAGAAUACAUGGCUGCAUCUAUGGGAGCUAGAGAAGCAGUAUGGUUAAGAAAAUUACUUUUUGACUUAUUUGGUAAACCUCUAUUACCUACCAUUAUUCAUUGUGAUAAUCAGAGUUGCAUCAAGCUCUCUGUAAAUCCUGUUUUUCACAAUCGGUCAAAGCACAUAGAGAUUCCAUAUCACUAUGUGAGAGAUAUGGUAGACAGAAAAAUUAUUAAACUAGUCUACAUCAGCACUGAGGAACAAAAUACUGAUAUCUUCACUAAAUCCCUUGCAAGGGUGAAGAUAGAAUUCUUCAGGAACAAAAUUGGUUUGAUCAAAAUAUGA